GGAGAGAACAAUAGAGCAGGAUAUCUGAGGUUUUUUUCUCCAGGACUCAGUUGGUCCUGGUGGGCUACCUGAUUGAGAGAGGAGGAUAUCAAGUUUGAAAUCAGACUGGGUUGAUUGAGACAUGUCUCAAAAAGGGGCUAGUAGCUAGCUUAGCUAGAGACCUAAAGCCCUGGCUUUAAUUCCCAGUAAAUUUGAGUGACCAAGGAAACCUGUUUUCGUCUUUGUAGUGUGGGGAGGUGAGUGUGAAAGGGUGAUUAGAUGUUCUCUGUGGUUAAUAACCCAGUAAAGGGCUGCCAUGCAUUAAACCUAACUGCAAAGCCUUACAACAGACACAACUUUGGGUCACUGGGCAGGCUAGAAAUUCUUGGAGAUACUAAAAUAAGAAUAGCUGGCUGGGCGGUGGUGGGGCCUGCUUUUAAUCCCAGCACUCGGGAGGCAGAAGCAGGUGGAUCUCUGAGAGUCAAGGCCAGCCUGGUCUACAGAGUGAGUUCCAGGACAGCCAGGGCUGUUGUACAGAGAAGCCUUGUCUCGAAAAACCAGAAAAGGAAGAAAAACAAAGCAAAACUGAAUGUGACAAUGCAUGCUUAUAAUUCAGCUACUUGGAAGACUGAAGCAGGAUUGUUGUAAAUCGAGACCAGUGUGAAGUUCUCAGAAAAGCCUUUUAUGCCAGCUAUGUUGGCUUACACCUUUAAUGCCGGAAUUCAGAAGCAGGUGAAUCUAUUGAGUUUGAAGCUAGCCUCGUCUAUAUAGUGAGUUUGAGACCAGAUGGGGCUACAUGAAUGAGACCCUUAAAACUAAGGGGGAAAAAAAUCACUUAUGUGUUAAGGUUCUACAUGACCAAUUAGGAAUUUGUGGGGAGCUGUACAUUGUAGAUGCAAAAUUAUACAUUAGUCCUUAAUAACCAUUUAUUGCUCACAUCUGUGUCUGAUCUAAUGUUAUUUGGGGCAACCUGAGCCAGAGUUCCUGGGCCAUUUUCAAUCAACCCAAAAAUAAAGUUAAUCUCUUGAAGCUUAAUUGAUGAAGUGCUUGCUGGGUACGGUUGAAAAUGUAAGUUAGGAUUCCCAACACCCACAUAAAUGUUGGGGACAGGAGAGCAUAUCUAACUCCAGGGCUGAGGAGCAGAAAUGGAUGUAUUCCUAAAGCCCACUCUUUGAACCAGCCUAGCUGAAAUGGGUAUCAGUGACAGACCUGUUUCAAGAUAAAUGACUCAGCACAUAAAGGCAUUUGCUGCCUGGUGACCUAAGUUUGAUUCCCUCUAGGACCCACCUAAAGGUGAAGGAGAAUUGACUCCACAGAGUUGUUCUCUGGCCAGUACAUGUAUGCUGUGGCAUGUAGAAGCACACACCUCACAAUAAAAUUCACGACAACAAAAAACUAAGAUGUAGGUUGAAGAAAACACCCUCUUUCGACCUCAGGCUUCCGAAUGCAUACAAAGCAUAAACUGGCUGGGCUGGAGUGGUAGAUGGUCCAGUGGUUAAGAGCACUUUCGGCAAGGUGUGGUGCAUGCCUUUAACUGCGGCACUCGGGAAUCAGAGGCAGACGGAUCACUGAAUUCGAGGCAAUCCUGGGUUACAUGGUGAGACCAUGUCUAAAAAAGCACUUGGUCUUGCAGAAGACCUAAGGUGCGUUUCCGGCACCCACACCAGGCGGCUGCCGCCCUGUAUCUUUAGCUUUAAGGGAUCCCAAACACAUAAAAGUAAAAGUAAAUCCUUAAAAACAACAAAAGACUUCCUUUGAGAUGACAGUCGCACAACCAAAAGAAGUGACCCACUUGCGAUUUAGACUUUCCGUUUCCGUGCUAGUAUCCCGCUUCCAGUGGUUUCUGACGUCACCUAAAAAGCGCCGGAAAUGACCUCGCGCUGCCUAGGAAACAAGACGCGGCCCAGUGGUAGCCAAACCUGGCACAGCCGCACCCACCCUGUCGCCAUGGAGCUUCCCUCAGGGCGGUGUGGGGAUCCUCGCUCUUGUGACGAUGAGUCGGACCCUGAGCCAGACCCGGACCCUGACGCUCAGGCCGAGGCCUACGUAGCCCGUGUGCUUACCCCACCCAAACCUAGCCUGACCCCGCGGCGCUCGUCGCUGCAGUCCACGCUCUCCGCCUCCCUGGGCGCGCCCGAGCGAAAGGCUGCCUCUAGAGUCCCAGCCGUGCGCCUGCCGGGCCUGCUGAGCCUUCCCCCGGAGCUGCUGCUGGAGAUCUGCGCCUACCUGGAUGCGCGGGUCGUGCUCCAUGUCCUGCCGUGCGUGUGCCAAGCACUGCACGACCUUGUGCGUGAUCAUGUCACCUGGAGGCUACGCGCUCAGCGCCGCGUACGCGCACCCUACCCAGUGGUGGAAGGUACGCACACCCCGGGGAACAGGAACUCCUGCCCAGAGGAGGACUUUGACUGGCCAGCUGCCUGCAUCGAGCUGGAGCAGCAUCUGGCCCGCUGGGCAGAGGAUGGACAGCGAACUGAGUACUUCUGCCUGGCUGAUGGUCACUUUGCUUCCAUUGAUGCAGUGUUGCUGCUGCAGGGUGGGGCACUGUGUCUGUCAGGUUCCCGAGAUCGCAAUGUCAACCUGUGGGACCUACGACAUCUAGGAAAGGAGCCUAGCCGAGUUCUGGUGAAGGCCUUGGGUACCCAGGGCAACAGCACACACAAGGGCUGGGUGUGGUCGCUAGCAGCACAGGACCACCAUGUAUGCUCCGGCUCUUGGGACAGCACUGUGAAGCUGUGGGACAUGGCAGCUGAUGGACAGCAGUUUGGCGAGAUCAAGGGCAAGGCGGCAGUGCUGUGCCUCUCCUACCAACCUGACAUCUUGGUGACUGGUACCUAUGACAAGAAAGUGACCAUCUAUGAUCCCAGAGCUGGCUUGGCCCUGGUGAAGAGCCGGAGGCUGCACUCGAGCGCUGUGCUAGCGGUGUUGGCAGAUGAUAGGCAUAUCAUCUCAGGCAGUGAGGACCACAGUCUUGUGGUAUUUGAUCGCCGAGCCAACAGCGUCUUGCAGCGGCUGCAGCUGGACUCCUAUCUGCUCUGCAUGUCCUACCAGGAGCCCCAGCUCUGGGCGGGUGACAACCAGGGCCUGCUGCACGUCUUCGCCAACCGAGAUGGUUGCUUCCAGCUCGUCCGGUCCUUUGAUGUGGGUCACCAGUCUCAGGUCACAGGGAUCAAACACUCGCUGGGGACUUUGUACACAACAUCUACUGACAAGACCAUUCGGGUUCACGUGCCCACAGACCCACCCAGGACCAUCUGUACCAGAAGCCACCACAAUGUGUUGAAUGGGAUCUGCGCUGAGGGUAACGUGGUGGUGGCUGCCUCCGGUGGACUGUCACUGGAGGUCUGGAGGCUGCUGGCCUAAACAGCUGUACAUGGCUGUGGAUGGGUAUUGGUAUAUACUGCCUGCUGAGGCUGCACCUAAGCCUCAGCUCUGGAGGACCUUCCUGCUAUUGGUGCUGCUUCUGCCCUGCUCCACAGGCCUGGGGCACAGGAAGACCUAGGGCUGGGCCCACACCCGUGCCUGUGGAGGUGACAUUCUAGUUUUAGCCACCCAGGGGCCUAUUCCCUACCUUCCACCCCUGGAUUGUUUUGUUUUGUUCAUUGAGACAGGGUCUCAUGUAACCCAGACUGGCCUCAUACCCACUAUGUUUUUGAGGCAGGUCUCGAAGCCUGAUCCUCCUGCCUAAAUCUCCAAGUGUUGGGAUAACAGGUGUACCCCCACGCCCGGAUGAUCCCUGUUUUGUCAGGAUUUGGGUGCCUCUCUCCCACAGGAGAGUGAAAGAGAAAUAAACGACCUACUGUGCAAUUGUUGGUAA